AUGACGUCAGACACCCGUGGACUGGCGGUCUGCCAUCUUUGAUUGUGAGACAGGCCGCGGCGCAAGCAGCACUCAACGAGAGCAGCACUGUCUCACACGAGAUAACGGGUGGGCAAAAAAAAAGACAGAAACACAAAUCGUGACCCUCUUAACGUCCAAAUAACGGUGGAGACCCCGGGAAAGAAGAAAGGGCACCGUGUUGGCACAGAAUAGAUUUGAGGCCCGUGCAAGUCGAGAGGAAAUGGUUGGAUGCUAGCUACUGUACCACGCUAGUUACCUAACUAGCUAUCGUUAGCAAGCUAGCCAGUUUUUGUAAUCCGCCGGCCACACACUCGGCUCGGAUACUACAAAACAAGCCGAACACAGACGACAUACUAGAAGAAGAGAGACCGACGGUGACAGGAGGCUGGUUCUGGGGGUGAGACCAGAGGACCAGACUCAAUGAGUUUCCAGCGAAAUGUCAGAGAAGUCAGGGCAGAGCACCAAGGCAAAGGAUGGCAAGACCAAGUAUGCAACCCUUAGCCUCUUCAACACGUACAAGGGCAAGUCUCUGGAGACCCAGAAAACUGCAGUGGCUGCCAGACAUGGGCUCCAGAGUUUGGGUAAGGUUGCUGUCAGUCGGCGCAUGCCCCCCCCUGCCAACCUGCCCAGCCUGAAGGCAGAGAACAAGGGCAACGACCCCAACGUUAACAUUGUCCCCAAGGACGGCAGCGGCUGGGCCUCCAGACCUGAGGGAGGAGACGAGAGGCAGUCCGAUACCCCCCCACCCCAGCCUAACCCAGGGCCCCCCCAACCCCCAGAGGUCUCGUCCUCUAUAGGGUGCAGCAGAUCCUGGGCCAACAGCAAGCCACCGCCACCACAGCUAGAUGGAGGAGCCCCUCGUGUGAGCAGCCAGUUCCACCAGGAGUUCCCCAGUUUGCAGGCGGCCGGAGAGUCGGAGAAAGGGGAGGGGCAGGAGGAAGAGCCUUAUGGACCUGGACCCAGCCUUCGACCUCAGAAUGUUGGUAGUUGGCGCGAGGGCGGGGGAAAGAAUCUGACCACCUCAGCUAGCCCUUCUGAGAUGGACAGCUGUGGGCCAGAGGAGGGAGGGGCAGCUCUCAGCACUCCCUCACCCCCUGGGGAGGUGGAGGAGAGAGGCAGGGUGCCCCCUAAUGAGAAGAAAGAGGUCAGGGAGAGGCUGCCCCUGUCUGCCAAGUCUGCACCCCUCUCCUCUCAGCCCAAGCUACAACCCCCCUCUGUUCCAGCCCAGCCUAAACUCAAUGGUGGCCAGCAGGCCCUUGCCGGUGUGCCUCCCCAGUUCCACCCCCAGUUCAGGGGCAUGAUGCCACCCUACAUGUUCAAUGCGUAUCCCAGGAUGCCCUUUACUCCAGUGCCAGGGAACAUCAGAUACCCUAUUCCACAGGAUGGAGCCAGGAGGGUCCGUCCCCUGCACGGGCCCCCCCAGGCCUGGAUCAAGGACCCAGAUAGACCCUCCAUCAUCAGCGCCACAGAGCUCAAAGAGCUUGACAACCUGGACACAGAGGCUGAUGAGGGCUGGGCUGGAGCUCAGAUGGAGGUCGACUACACAGAGAAACUCAACUUCAGUGACGACGAGGAGAACCAUGCCGCCAAAGAGAAAGGGGAAAACUGGGAGUGGAUGGGUAAAGUGGAGCGGAUGAGGGCACAGCGUCCGUCAGACGGCCAUGAGGGCAGCAAAGGCUCAUGGGUAGAUGGAAGGGACCCCAGGGUGCUUUCCCUAGGCAGUAAGGGGGUGUACAAGACCGGCCCGCCACAGGACCACCAGGGUCAGCUAGGUGGGCGCUCGGUGGGCAGCGGAGCCCCUCGCGUGGCCAAACCCCCCACCAUUGCUCCCCCUGCUGGUGAGGAGGAGUGCGAGGCCUGGCGCCAGAAACACAAGAAGCAGGACCUGUCGGAAGCGGUAGAAAGAGCCAGGCGGAGGAGAGAAGAGGAGGAGAGGAGGAUGGAAGAACAGAGACUCACCGCUUGCGCAGAGAAACUCAAACGCCUCAACGAGAAACUCCACCCGGCAACAGAUGCCAAGCACGGCCCUGCCGCCGAGACGACCAAUGAAGAGACUGGAGCUGUGUGUGAAGACACACCUCCUUUGUCUGUUCUUCCCCCUGUCUCCAACCCUGCACCAUCGCAGCCUGCACCUUCCUCUCAGCCCCCGAACAUAUCAGCCCCUCUCCAAGACCGAGAGAGUGUGGAGAGGGAAAGGAUUGAGAGAGAGAGUGUGGAGAGGGAAAGGAUUGAGAGAGAGAGUGUGGAGAGGGAAAGGAUUGAGAGAGAGAGUGUGGAGAGGGAAAGGAUUGAGAGAGAGAGUGUGGAGAGGGAAAGGAUUGAGAGAGAGAGUGUGGAGAGGGAAAGGAUUGAGAGAGAGAGUGUGGAGAGGGAAAGGAUUGAGAGAGAGAGUGUGGAGAGAGUAGAGCCUAGUGUGAAGGAAGAGAGUCAGUUUGUGCCUCGCCAGCCCAGCCCUCCAGUCCAGAGACCAUUGUCCAUACCUCCAGAGCCUCGGCUCGGAGAGGGUCCCCUGCACUUGGUGAGCCCCCUGAGUGAGGUGAGCCCUCUGGUGGAGGAAAGCCAGACUGAGAGACUGACGCCCAUGCCUAUCAGAGACUACUUCAGCACCGAUGAGAGCAGAGUGGAGGAACCUGUGCCGCUCACUCUGCCCCUUAUGGACCCCCUCAGUGGAGAGGAUGCCCCUGUGGCCCCCCUGGACCUUGAGGGAGAGGUGGGGGCUGCCAUGCGCCCCUCUCUCACCUCUGGAUACUCGAAACAGUUCCAGAAGUCUCUGCCCCCGCGCUUCCUCAGGCAGCAGGAGCAGAUGAAGCAGCAGUGGCAGCAGCAGCAACAGCAGCAGGGGGGUGGUGGUGGGGCUGUGUCCCCAUCAGGAGGAGGUGCGGGUGGAGGAUGUGUAGCUGCCUCCCAGCAGCAGCACCGCUCCCUGUACCAGCCCGUCGGCCCCCCUCACCACCAGCAUCAGCAGCACCUGGCUAACAUGGGCUUUGACCCUCGCUGGCUCAUGAUGCAGUCAUAUAUGGACCCCCGCAUUAUGUCUGGAAGACCACCGCUCGACAUGCCAAACAUGCACCCUGGACCUGGGCGGAUUCCUCCUAAGCAGAUAGUUCGUAGAGAGCCAGGGGACAGCUCCAGUUCUGACUCCUUCGACCACCUGACCAGGCCCAUACGGGACCACAGUCUCCCUUCUGAACCGCGCAUAGUAUGGGGAUCUGACCCAUACCCCCAAACUGAACCCCUUCCCUCUGUCACACCCCCUAAAGGACGGGAGGACGAGGACAGCAGACUGGACUCUGGGUUGGAGAUGGAAAGGGGUCUCCCAGCCAUGUACCCCAGCCAGGAUCACAAUCCCCUGGAACCCUGUGGCAAAUCAGACCUUUUCAGAGACCCCACAAAGCCCCUGUCAGGAUUCGGCCCAGGCCCAGAGGAGGCUCCAGAACCCCUGCAGACAGAAAUAGGGCCUGGUGGGACUCCCUUUGAGCCAGUGGAGCCUAGCCUGCCCACUGCAGAGGUGGAGUCUCUGGGACAGGCCAUGCUACAAAGAACCAUCUCCCAGGGCUCCAGCCACUCCCUCAAACUGGAUGAGCCCAGGUUCGACAGCCUCCACCUGGGAACAAAGACACUUGAGCUCCAGGAUCCGGAAGAGAGGCCAGGCGGGGAAGAUAUAAAGGCCAGUAAAGAGCCUUUCUCCCAGGCUGCUGUGACCGGGGACACCCCUCCAGCUGACUGCCUCCACAAGCUCGAGAAGCCGGCCCCCAGCAAGCAGAAGGCUGAGCUGCGCUGGGGAGGGAGGUCUGGGGCCGGCCGGAGGGAUGGACCAGGGGGAGAGAGGCCGGUACGCAGGUCUGGACCCAUUAAGAAACCUGUACUCAGAGACAUGAAGGAAGAGCGAGAGCAGCGGGAGGAGAGAGAGCGACACCGUGAGAGAGGAGAAAAGGGGGAGAGACCCAAGAAGGAGGAGCGAGGAGGAGUGAAAGCUGCCUCCGCUGCUGCUGCGGUGUCUGAGGGCCCCAGGGACAGACCCCACGGAGAGAAGGAGAGGGACAGACCCCACGGGGAGAGGGACAGACCCCACGGAGAGAAGGAGAGGGACAGACCCCACGGGGAGAGGGACAGACCCCACGGAGAGAAGGAGAGGGACAGAACCCCACGGGGAGAGGGAGAGGGACAGGCCCCACGGGGAGAGGGACAGACCCCACGGGGAGAGGGAGAGGGACAGGCCCCACGGGGAGAGGGACAGGCCCCACGGAGAGGGACAGGCCCCACGGGAGAGGGACAGGCCCCACGGGGAGAGGGACAGGCCCCACGGGGAGAGGGACAGGCCCCACGGAGAGAGGGACAGGCCCCACGGAGAGAGGGACAGGCCCCACGGAGAGAGACAGGGACAGGCCCCACGGAGAGAGACAGGGACAGGCCCCACGGAGAGAGAGACAGGGACAGGCCCCACGGAGAGAGAGACAGGGACAGGCCCCACGGAGAGAGGGACAGGGACAGGCCCCACGGAGAGAGGGAUGGGAAGAGUGAGACCCCUGAGACAGAGGGGCCUGGGAAGGGCCUCCAGAGAUCCAGAGAUAUACAUGCCCCGAUACCAGCCUCCCAGGACGACAAGAUAGACCAACUACCAACCAAUGACAUAAACCCUGAACCUAAAUUACCCUCUACGAAGGAGCCCAACCUGCCCCCACGGACCUACCGCCGUGAGGAGAGGGAAAGAGACCGGGAGAGAGAGAUGGAAAGGGACAGAGAGCGAGACUGGCCGGCUGAUGGUUUUAGAGGCCGAGGCAGAGGGGAGUACUACUCUCGAGGACGGAGUUUCCGGGGAACUUAUAUUGGUCGAAGUAGAGGUGGCCGGGGUCGUAGUCGAUGGGAGUACCCUUAUCAGGAGCCGCGCUCACGCUCAGACUUUCCUGCCGUCAGUGGAGCUGCUGCCUUCCGCUGCCGUGAAGAGAGCGAGACGCGCAGCGAGAGCUCAGACUUCGAAGUGAUGCCCAAACGCAGACGGCGUCGUGGUUCCGAUACCGACUCGGAGAGCGAAGGAGGACGGGAGUCCGCUAGCGACACUGGGGCUUCAGACCGUGAGCCCAGUGCCAAACCACCUCGACCGCUCCGCAGGGAAAUACCAGGAGAGCCCCGCUCCGGACCACACAAACCUGGCUUCGGACCCCAUCACCUGGGGGAGAAAGGAGGGCCCAGGGGAGGAGAUGAGGGAAGGCCCAAGCCAGGCUUCCUGCCCAGAGGAGAUCCUUCACGGCGUGGGAGAGGGGGACUGUACAGCAGGCGAGGGGGAGCCAGGGAGAGAGGAGGUCCUAGGUCAGCUCCUCUCAGACGCCCAGGAACUAGAGAGUCAUCCUCCCAGUGGCCCUCUAAACCCAUGGAGACCUUCCGACCUGAGGACACAGAACCCUCGUCAUCACGCUAUGACAACUGGGACCACCACUCUGACCGACGGCCUGUUCGAGGGGACAGAGACCGACAGUUCGAGGGGAAGAAGUUUGGGGAGGGGGGACCCCAGAGUAGCAGAGACAGAGAGAGGCCCCGUCGCCCUCGGCCAGCCCGACCCCCCAGACAGGACAAACCCCCCCGCUUCCGGAAGCUGAAGGAGAGAGAGGCUGCAGUCUUAGCUGGAGGAGACACAGGACCUGGACCCACCUCCACUGCCCCAGUCCCAGCCUUAGUGCCUGGCCCUGUCUCCCUGUCCCCUACUCUCUCAAGAGCUCCAGGGCCCCCCUUCACCCUGCCUGUAGAUAAGGAUCCCAAAGCCGCUGACCUAACCUCUGACCAAGCCCUGCCUGACGCCACCCCUCCCACCACCUCUGCCGUGGGCACCAAGUCACCUGACCUGUCCACGCAGAACUCUUCUGACCAGGCCAACGAGGAGUGGGAGACGGCGUCAGAGAGUAGCGACUUUAACGAGCGUAGAGAACGGGAGGAGAGGAGGGGAGCGCGGGAGGCUGCUAGCGGCACUGCUCAGCCCUCGACACCAGCCCCCUUACCCCCUCAGGGCUCAGCACCCCCCAGCAGGACUCCCACCGAGGGAGGGGUGACACCCAAACGCGAGGCAGCCGGGCCCGCCGGGGGCAGGAGGAGUUUCUCCAGUCAGCGUCCGGUGGAGAGACAGAACCGCUGGGGGAACAGCGGACCCAAACCAGGCCGCGGCUACGCAGGGGGGAAGGGAGAGAGGCGAGGAGGGGGGGGAAAGGCUGGACGCAGAGGAGCGGCCCCUAACCCAGACUCAGCCCCGGGUGGGGGAGGGGUGCGUACUGGGGGUAAAGACCCUGCUGGACGCAGGAAGGACGAGACCAAACAGAAACCCAAGGAGAAGGAGAACGCUCUGUUGCAGUUUGACCUAAACAACUAUGCCAGUGUGGUGAUCAUAGAUGACCAUCCAGAGGUGACAACCUUAGAGGACCCCCAGUCUAACGCUACAGAUGACGGCUUCACUGAGGUGGUCUCACGCAAACAACAGAAACGACUACAGGACGAGGAGAGGAGGAAGAAAGAGGAGCAGACUACACAGCACUAUGGAAAGAAAGGAUCAGGGGAAAAGGGGAGAGGAGGAAGCAAGCUGCCACCAAGAUUCGCCAAAAAACAGCAGCAUCAACAACAAGCAUCACAACAACAAGCAUCACAACAACAACCACAGCAAGCCUCACAGCCGCAGCCUCAACAGCCCUCACCUCCCCCUCAACUACCCCAACCCCUCCUAUCUGCCUCCCAGCUCCCUUCCCCCUCCCAGCCUGCUGCCUCUCCCCAGACUCUGGAAGGCUCUGUGGCCACCCUACCCCCCGCCCCUACCCCCACCACUGUGGACUUCACCUCCAAGACGCCCCUUCCCCCUGUGGCGCUGCUCACACAGACCCACAGCACUCUCGGUACGGAACUCUGGGAGAACAAGGUGGCCGGAUCCACCAUACUCCCUGACGUCAAGAAACUUGGACCCAUCAGCCCUCCUCAGCCUCCUUCAGUCAGUGCCUGGAACAAACCUCUCACCUCCUUCACUGGGACUGUCACUCCUGAGGGUGUGAAGCCUGGCUCAGAAGGCAGUGUGGAUCUAGGGAUGGAAUGUAUCCAGUUUGGAGCCCCGUCCUCAGCUGGCAGUACAGACAGCGAUGGUGUUCCAGCCAUGCUAGAGCCUGGACCUGACAACAAACUACCUGCUCCUAAAGAACAGAGACAGAAACAGCCCCGUGCUGGACCUAUCAAAACACAGAAGCUCCCUGACAUGGAGCCAGUAGAGCCUAAGGAGUACAAGCCUGGCCCUAUUGGUAAAGAACGCUCCCUGCGUAACCGCAAGGCUAAGGACGUCCGUGUGGGGGGGGAAGAAUGUCUUGAUGGGGGGAUAGUACCAGGUGGAGGGACCAACAGAGCAGUAGAUUCCAGCCCCCCCAACACAGACACCUCUGUUCCUGAGCUAGGGGGCGAUAUCGAGGGGAUGAUCACCAUACCCUCGGCAGAGUACGCCAGCAGCUCCAAGGAGUCAGUGACCGACUACACCACCCCCUCUUCCUCUCUGGCGGACAGCGUUCCUACUGGAGGGAGUAAGAUGGAGGAGAGCCUGGUGGCCAACGUGGCCCUGCCUCACCCUCUCCCUCGUAGAGAGGCCUUACAGCAGAGCUCCAGCCUCAGUACUGUCUCUCCUGCUUCUGUUGACCUCACACUGAAGAUGGAGUCAGCCCGUAAAGCUUGGGAGAACUCCCCCAGCCUGGUAGAAAAGAGUUCUCCUGUCACCUCCUCUUCUCCUAUCACCUCCUCCUCCUACUCCUCCUUCUCCUCUGCCUCCAUGCCUCAGAUACCAGUAGCCUCUGUCACACCAAGCACUUCUCUGACAGGUGCUGGGACAUACACUACGUCCGCUCUGAGCACUAAGACCACCACGGCCUCUGACCCCCCCAACAUCUGCAAGGUGAAACCCCAGCAGCUGCAGACUGGAUCCAUGGGUGGGACCAGCUUCUCCCAGCUGGGCUGUGUGGCACCCCUGCUUCCCCAGCAGCAACAGACUCCACAGGUCUACGUCUCACAGUCUGCAGCAGGCUCUGCAGCCCAGAUUCCAGCGUUCUACAUGGACACCAGUCACCUGUUCAGCAACCCCCACUCCCGCCUGGCACCUCCCCCUCUGACACAGCACCAGCAGCAGGGCUACCAGCCUAGACUCUCACAGCAGCAGGCGGCAGUGCAGCAGAUUCCUAUCCCAAUCUAUGCUCCCCUACAGGGGCAGCACCAACACACACACACACACUCUCACCAGGCCCAGCUAAGCCUCAGCACCGGACCUCCCGUCUCCCAGCCACAGGACCUCUUCAGCUCCUCACUGCAGCCUUAUAGAUCACAGCAGGCCUUUAUGCAGAGCAGUCUGUCCCAGCCCAGUCCCAUGAUGUUAUCAGGGCCAUCUCUCCACAGCUACCCUGGUGUUGGGGGCCAUGACCUGGGCAAGCCCCAGUCCAGCUUGGCCUACCAGCAGCCCUCCAACACACACACACAGCACAUCCCCAUCCUGUUUGAACCACAGCUCAACCAGCCCUCUGGCAUGGGAGGAUCCCAGUUGAUAGAUACACACCUACUGCAGGUAUGGAAUAAGCGUCAGGGGAUGAGUCCACAUUCUAACCUGUACUCGGGACAGGUGCAACAACACGGACAGAGCAGUUACUAUAGUAACACACAGUCUCCAAGCUCUGCCAUGCAGCAGGUGCAAGUCCCUAUGCCAGGCUCUCAGCUCGGUCUUCCUAACUAUGGUUCCGUGGGCAGCCAGCCCCUCCUGGCUCUGCCCCCCACCCCUCCCCAGGCGCAGCCCCCUAGCCUCAGCCGCCAGCCCCCAGUCUCCCAGCCCUAUAGGGGACCCUUCGGACACACACACAGCGUGAUGCACCCCCCCUCCAGCAAGAUGUGUGAGAUGGACCUGAAGCUGUUUGGCAGUGGGAUGGACAUGAAGCCUGGGACAACUCCUCACAGCGCUAGGAGCACUACCCCUACAUCUAGUCCUUACAGGGCCAGCUCUACAUCUCCCAGCAGCCAGUCCAGUAAGAUGAACAGCAUGCUGUACCAGAAACAGUUCCAGCCCAGCUCUGCUGCCAUGAGGAUCACACAGCACUUCCCUGGACAGUUCAACCCACAGAUUCUGUCCCAGCCCAACCUGGUCUCUCCUCUGGUGCGUCCUCCCUCCCACACCCAGCAUGCUAACUCAUUUUGUGGAGGGAUGCAGCGUUCGCCUAUGGGCCCACCCCCCAUGUCUCCCUCUCUGGGAGGGGGUUUGAUGCCUCACCCCCGGCCACCACCGCAGCAGCAGCAGUUCCCCCAGAUGCACCCGUCCCACCCCCCUAGAGGGCCUCUUCCCCCCCUCGCACCUAGAGGCCCUACAGGUCCCCGAGGCAACCAGGCAGAGCAGGACCUCAAGGCGAAGCAGCGAGCCGAGGUGCUCCAAUCGACUCAUAAGUUCUUCUCAGAGCAGCUCAAGGCUCCGUCAGUCUCCAAACCCUCUCGUCUCGACCAGGGGGGUGGCAAACCCCCCCUCGACAUCCUGCCCCCCAACCACCAGACGGUGGGAGUCGUGGAGCGCCCUGAGCCCGACAAACCCUCCCUGUCAGCGGGCAAACCCAUCCGCACCGGCCCCAUCAAGCCCCAGGCCAUCAAACAAGAGGAGGGGAAGUAGAGCCUCACACAUCUCCACGGAUGGAUGGAUGGGAGAGAGAUGAUCCAGCUGCUCCACAUAUUCAUGCAAUCACUCGCUCACACAUCACCCUCUCUGGUGUUAGAGGCGGAGAAAGAGAGGAGAGGUGGGGGUGUAUUAGUCAAUGGUUACUGAGGGGGCUACUGUGUGUGUGUGCGCUCCAACCUCAUCUCUCUCUCCCCUUCUCUUCUCCUCCACUAUUGGGGGUCUGUGUGAUAUUUUUUUUUAAGCCCCGCCUCUUGUAAUUUGGGCGGGGCGGAAGGCGGCAAGCUGUACUUCAAAUGUCUACUAGGAUGGUAAAAAAAGAUUGAAUGGAGAAAAAAGAUUUGCCAGUUUGCCAUUUUUAUAGCCCUAUGAUUUCUGUUCCUUUCUUUUUCACAAUAGAAUCCCGUUAUUAGGAGGACAGGGCUGUUCUUUUUGUUAACAGGAUAAUCAAGCAAUCUUGUUUUUGUAGUUGGAUGAAACAAUCUUAGUUAAAGAUGUAUUUUAGUGAAGCACAGACGUGUUCUAAUCCUCUGCCAGUCUUCCAUCCAUCAUUGCUAACACACAGCUGUGUGACUGUAUACAAGCUUGUACGAUCACCACACACACAGCUGUGUGACUGUAUACAUGCUUGUACGAUCACCACACACACAGCUGUGUGACUGUAUACAUGCUUGUACGAUCACCACACACAGCUGUGUGACUAUACAUGCUUGUACGAUCACCACACACACAGCUGUGUGACUGUAUACAAGCUUGUACGAUCACCACACACACAAACGCUCAACGCUUUCACCAAUAUUCACUAAAGAGUGAAACUAUGAAAUGAGGGUUUGUCUCGAAAGGAAAUGUAAGAUGCAGCCGUUUAAUUGAUUUGUCUGCCUUUUCUCUCGCUCGCAUCUCUUUGAGCGGAAUGAUAAAGGUGGUGUUUGUGUGUGUGUUUGCGUGGGGCACAUGGGAGGCCACUGCCCGGUUUUCUCCUGAAUCUUUAGCCAAAGGUUAAGCGUGCAAAGAUGAUUUCACAGAGCCUUGAGAAUCCCUGUUGCUAUGGCAGCAGAGUGGAAGGGGAUUUAUUAUGGGCUGUCUGUAAAUGGACAGACAGACCCUGAAUUCAGUCUGGGAGCUUUCCUCCUCCCCCUUGAGAGAGGAGGAUAGAAUACCUCUUCACUACUGUUCACUCACUCACUUGCCUGUAGGGAAACCAACCCUGCUGCUACUAACAGAAAGGGAGAGUGAGUACGAGUUCAAAACAGUUCAGUGUGGCUUUCUGUUAACCCUCACCAAGAGGGAAAGGGAGACGGAAGGGGGAGAAGUAAAACAAAAUUAGAAAUAGCUUUGUGUUUGACUGCAGACUGCAGUUCUGCUGCAUUUCAGGGCAGAAGGACAGGUGUUAGUGUUGAGGAGAGAUUAUUCCUGUCUCAUCUCACUUCCACUCACUCAAACCUACACCACUCUCAUCGCAGGUUUACCAUGGUGACAAGGGUCCUUCAGAAAUGUACAGUAGUGUGCUCCACUAGUGGGGAGGGGUAUACCCCUAACCAGAACACAGGAUGAGGAACCUUGUGUAGGAGGACAGAGUGGGGGGUAAUUGGUUUGUUUUUUUCUUUUACUUGUACAGGGGGUACAUCGCUGUAUUAAAAUAUGUACGGUCUUACAUUCUUGGUUUUAGUUAAGAAACUAAUAAAAUAAUAUGCUGUUUAAAAAGUG